AUGGAACGUGAAGAGUAUUUUCUUGAUGUGCUCUUUCUAUUGUCCUCGGAUGCACCAAAGGAUGAGGCUGUUGCUAUGAAGCCAGAAACAAAAGUUGGAAGCACAGUCCCUGAGGCAUCAACUUCAACAGCGAAGGAUGCUGGUAACUCAGCGCCAGCAUCAAAAGCUCUGGAGAUUCCUCCUGAUAUUGAAUUUGAGAAGUGCACAAGGCCAGAAGUCAUACCAGCUAGUGAGAUCGGUGUGACAUUCAAAGAUAUUGGUGCUUUGGAUGAUAUUAAGGAAUCUCUCCAAGAACUAGUAAUGCUACCUCUUCGAAGACCAGACCUAUUCAAGGGAGGCCUUUUAAAGCCAUGCAGAGGAAUAUUGCUAUUUUGGCGUCCUGGCACUGGGAAGACAAUGUUGGCAAAGGCCAUUGCCACCGAGGCUGGAGCAAGUUUCGUUAACGUGUUUAUGUCUACUAUCACUUCAAAAUGGUUUGGUGAAGAUGAGAAGAAUGUUUAUUUGUGGUUAGUGUUAAAACAUGAAUUUUAGAUUUUGGAUAUGUUAAUUUUAUGGGUAAUGGUGAUUGGAUAUUAAUUGAA